AUGACCGUCGAAGAGCGACAAAAGACUGACAUGCAGCGUGUUGAUGAUGAAGAGCACAUGAAGUCAGACGAGAAAAUCAAGUUUGACACUCAAACACAAACAAUCGGUCAAUCGUCUGACGAUUCUGUUGAUUAUUUAGGUGCCGUUCUACUUCCCCUGAGUGCCGAAUGA